AUGUCGGUUUGUUGGGUUGAGUUGACGGGUAUUUUGUUUUAUAUUUUGAUUGUAAUGGCCCUGAUUGCGAAGAACAGUACAAUAUUUGCAAAGGUAAGUGUAGCCAUAUGAUUAAAAAUUUUAAAAGUUAAGAUUAUUCAAAGGUUGGUCGAGCAAUGCAAUUUUGAUGCUGAUCUUUCCAUUUCGCUUUAUACACCGAGGGAGAAUGUUUUUCAUACGUGGUAUAUCAUCUGCAAACAAAUAUCUUACAUUUAAUGGUCAAGGUUAGCAGACAGGGGCACUUUUGAAGCCGUGCUUGUAUUGGUAGCUCGUUUGGCUUGGCUGUAAAAAACGGAAAAUACAUCGGUGGUGGAAAAGAAGCUAGGAUUUUUCAGGGGGGGGGGGUGGUCACAUAGUGUCACACCCCCAGGGUGCUUACCAGAUUGACAUGUUAACAUUCAUGCUGUGACUGAGAGAUAAAUUAUUUCUCAGAUAAGCAGUUACAUGGGGAGGGGAGAGGCAUGAAAGGGCAACCCUACAGAAUAGCUGCAUACUUUAUAUGCAAGCCACAUGGCGUGAAGAACCAAAUAUGUUGUUUAUAAAGACAAAAUUUUGGCUCAUACAAGAAUGGCAGAUGAAAGAUCUUUGAUACCAGACAAAUUUGCAACAAAAUGACAAGUGAUCUUUCAAACAGUGGUUAUUGCAAAACAUUUGCAUGUAAGAAGGCUGAAAUAUCAUCAUUGAGACACAGGAUUCUAGUGAUUCCUCUCAUAAGGGCAGGGGAGUUAAAAGCACCUCUCAAUCCCCCUAGUUAUGCCUUUGGAUGUAUUUCAGAGGGGUGGAGGUGCACUGCUGGGCUUUCUCUACCCCUACACUAACAUGGGAAAUCUGGAUCAUGUGUAAUUUGUGCACCCCUUGACAUAUUGACCAACACUUGACCGAUAUCUCGAUUGACAUAUCGACCGACCCUCAUUUGAUAUAUUGACCAAGAUAUGUAUAACAGUUGAAUUGGGGAUGCAGAUGCAGGAAGUUACCCACUGAUAACAAAGGUUAAACUUUAGGGAUCUGCUUAUUUUAAGGUACGUGGAAAAGGGAUUAUGAUAGUGGAAAUUGGUGUCAAGCCUACAAGGAUUAAUAAAGCCAACAGUUACAGAUGGUUCACUGACGAACACUUUUCUGUAAGUACAGGUAUUUCAUCUUAUUAGUAAUUCAAGGUCCAUUUCAGAUUGUUGAUCCUAAUAACAAAUGAUGUAAAUGACUCGUAAAUAGGAAGUAUACGGGCUGUGAUGGAGCUAGGAGUGCCCAGUGUCCCUUGCACCUUGCUUUUGCUCUUGGGCGACUAGGAAAUCUUAAUUUUCUUCAUGAAAAUCAUAUGCUGGGUCCUCUGGAUUUGACAGGUUCAGAAUGCUGAGCUUCCUUCAUUUUUCCUUAGACCACAGCUUUGGCAUGAGAAAGACGAAAUAUUUCACACACUUUCUAAAUCUUUUUCCAUAGAGGCUAAUUUUGAAACUGGAGGAUGUUAUUCUAGCAAGAGUUUUAGCUCCACUAGAAACUAAUAAAGUAAAGAAAUCAGGGAAAAGCUUGGUCCGUGAUAAUGCUGAUAUUCUGCCCGGUAAGACAACGUCUUAAAUCUUUAAAGUUGAUUUGUAGGGCCACUUUGUUUCUUGAUAGCCAAUCAGUCUGUGAAAGUCUAUUCUAGUUACCACUUUUAACAGAAGUGCAACUACAAUGUACUUUACAAUCUUUCCAUCUUCAGAAUACCAAGGAACAACUGCAACUAAUGAUUAGAGGAGGACAUGUAUCUGUGAUCUCCUGAUUGCAAUUCCAGUGUUCUAACUUCCUGAUCUUGUUCCCCACCUACUGUUACCAUUUUAUUUUUCACCACCUGCGGUGUUAUACAGUCAGUUCUUAAAUAUGCUGAGGUCUUUAUGAGCCCAGCUUCAAACUCACCCACCAAGCAAUGGGAAGUCAUGUCUUUGUGUGUGGUUACAGUUACAACUGUAUUGUAUAAUAAUAAAUAAUGUAGUAACCCACUCCUGGGAAAAUGUAAUCACUAGAGUCUGAACUCUAAAAUGUUUAAAACAUGGAUUAAGGUCCCUGACCCACGAGAAAAUGUAGACUGAUACAACAUUUCUUCUAAAAUUAUUUAACAUUGUCUUUGCUCCUUCAAUGAUGUUUUACUCAUUUCACCAUAGAUCCUGAGCUUCUUAUACAAUAUUAUUUUGUGAGAAGAAGGCAAUCCAAACAGAUUGCUUUGUGUCUUUCAAAACAGGUGAGAACAACAUUGACAUUAAUGGAAAGUGGUCAUAAAUGGAGCACUCUAUUAUAUUUCCUGCAAUGCACAUACUUCUCAAAUGCUAUGAAUAAUUUAUGAAUUAAAAGAAAACAAAAGAAAUUAUUACCAGAAAGGAAUUUUGAGAUUGGAUAAUAAUAUUGUCAUAGAAUUUUUGGAACUUUGUCUAAAAUUCCUUCGAAAUCAUUGAUAAUUCGAGGAGCUGUAUGAAACGUUGUCUUUUAUCAAAAUGUUCAGGAACAUGUACCCUGAGGUCAGUCUAAAAAACAGAGUAGUCUAUGUUGCAGUGUCUCAACUUACAUCUUAGUGACUGGAUAUCAGAUAAAAUUCUCUGACUUAUAAUGUUUGAUGUAUUAACAUCAAACAUAAGAAAGUGAGUGUAGAAAGAAGUGAGCUCUGAAAUCAGACUACUGGUCAUUUGCUUUUUGUUGCGUGUAUUAAAAUAAUAUUUUAAUGCACGCAAAGGAUUCCUUAACAAAAACAAAACAAAGCAAUCCAUUAGUCUAUAAUUAUUAUAGACUAAUGGAUUCAAACUUUAGGUAUGUAUGUUACAUUUUUUGUUGUUCAUUCUCUUAAAGAAAUCACUUUUGGAUGGUGGAAGGAAAAAUACACAGAAGGCUGAUUAUUCAGGUGAGAAUGCACCAAAUUUGAUACUAGCCUCAGAAAAAUUCCCCACCCAUCUGGCCGAUCUGUUGGUCCAGGACAGGAAGAUUUUCCUGUUGAGCAAGUAACUUUUCAUGUUUACUUGCCCAAUGGGCAAAGGUUCAGAUAAGUCAUCUUCUAAUCUAAGCAGAAAUUCCAAUUUUCUUAAAUCCCUGUAAUCCUUUCAAACUUACAGACCUUGCUUUGGAAAUGAUGUUAACAUUACUGAUCUGUGUGUUAACAUGUCUCUUGUUAGGUGGUGGUUAUCAGCGUGUAAAUAUCUUUCCAGAGAAGAUUAAAGUAACUGUCAGCCAAAUUGAUUUGGAUCCCACCACAUCAGUACAAGGGGUAUGCAUACAAUCAGAGCUCAGUUUUAUGUACUGUUAUGUAAUGUAAUCUUUCAAAGAAAAGGAGAAACAGAAUUUUUCCUCUUAAUCAUCACCUGAUAAUAUUAUUAUAUCAGCAAGUACAAAGUUAAAGACUGAAAUUGAAAGUUUCAAGGACCAGGGGACCAUUAUUAAGAGAUCUUAAGAGUGAAGAGUUUUGCACCUCUAUAUUAACUCCAAGCCACUUUGAAUCCUUAAAUUUCAGCCAUAUUCUUUUCUUUGGUUAAGUUUGUUAUAAUAAUUUAUGUAAUUAGUUCUAUCAUUUUUCUUGCUUCUUUUUACAUUCAAGUUGGCUCAAGAUAUUGCAAAAAAAGGACCAUCCAAAAAAAAAUCUUCCAUCAGUAAGUAUUUUGAAAAAGGAACCGCUGAAAUGACACCUUCAACCCAGAAAGGGAGAGCUGCUCUUAAAAAUUUGUAAGUACAAUGUAUGUGUUAGCGUACUAUGCAAAAUGAUGCAGGUGGCUAGAGAGUUGUUUAAUUAAUUUGUGCCAGUGAAGUCAGGCACACAGUUUAGAAUGAAAAGAGGAUAAUUUUUUUUUUAUGGUUGUAGAGAAGAGUUAACUUUUGUGUUGAGUAAAAAAGAGAAACAAAACAAAGUGUUGAAGUGUAGAAUUGUCUACAUCUUUCCUUGGUCAUUAUUUGUGAAUGAAAGGUCGUAAUUUUAACAUUUUAACUAAAUUUCAUAAGAUAGAUGUUGUUCAGGGAUGUUGAAUUUACAAACAAGUGACUUAAACUGAAUUAGUUCUCACCUUUUGUACCCGCGACAGCCAUGCAAAUUUUGUGACAGUGUGCAAAGAAAGUACUGUCCGAUAGCCUAGGGCUAGAGGAUUUUGCUAUGGGGCUAGUGACUUUUGUUCUAAGCUUGCCCGAUGGGCAAGUGAAGUUUUUUGAGAAUUCAAAUUACAGAAGGACUGUGUAUUCAAACCUGAUCAUCAAAAAGCUCUUAGGGCUAGUUAAAGUGAUGUUUGGGCAAGUACAUGUUAGCUACAGCUAGCCGAAUGGCAAGCUGUAAAACUGACUUUCUUUGCACCCUGUAAUGUUAUGUCUGUAAUUAUGUUUCUUAUCCAUUUAGGAAUAAGAAACAAGACCCACAGAAAAAGGUCAGUCCGUUUCUUAGUGUCACUUCUGACAAUGAUUGCAGCUCUAUGAAAGAGAGAGGUGAAACAGACAGAAAAGAGAGUGAACGAGCAAAAUACCAUGACCAAAUCACGUGGGUAAAUCGUUGUGGUGAAGUCGAGAGUCAAGAAAAUUUAGCAGCUGAAUUAGUUGUGGCUUCAAAGAACGUGCAACAACAGCCUGUACUCACAUCAGAAGGAAGUAGUAAAACAAGAAACAGUAGCUCUGGUGACUUUGUCGAGGUUGAAAUCAAGGAAAGGGCUAAACAGCUUGAUGAAAAACGAGAUAUUAAAGACAGCCUACCAUGUCAAGACAUUGUUAAUUUAAAAGAGACAAAACACGAAUGUGGCAACAGCACUCCUGUCCAAAAUCCAUCUGGCAACUUUUCUAAGAGUGGAGAAUUUGAAUUAACUGAUAAUGAGGAGAAUAAAACUGUUAAUGAUAUGACUAAACAGGGAACAGUUACUGUUGUCAGUGACAAAGUUGACAGUUUAAAGUCGUCCAGCUCAAUUACGGCAAAUUUAAAACGUCCGAGAUCCAAUUCUCUUAGACUAAGUCUUAACGGCGGAAGAAAUGCCAGCGCCAAUCGGUUCUUUCGUAGAGAAUUCUCUGUCUUCUGACACUUACAUUUAGUUCUAUUUCUGUUCUCUUUUCUUAUACUACGUCUGUCACCACUGUUUGUUGAAGAUAAUGAUUUUGAGACGCCAAAGGCGAAACGAAAUGCCGAAAAGAGAACAGGAUCGGAUCUGUCUGAUGAUCAAGGAGUCUGCUCAAGUAUGUCGACAUGUGAACAAUCAGGAUCAAGUACCAGUGUGGAAAAAGAGUUGAGCUACAAGACAAGAAAAGCUAGCAGGGCAAAUAUGACCUCUGAGGCUUCAUUGAAAAGUCAUACUAGUAAACCAGUCAAAAAGAAACUUAAGAAACGGCAAGUGACGACUUCCAGUAAAGCUACAAGUGAUAUUUUAGAGGGUUAGUAAUGUUGCAUUAGAAGCCAGAGAUAGACUGCAUUUCGCAGCACAGGAAAUUGAGUAUUGUGAAAAUGUAGUCCAUUUACAAUAGCACUAGCGGAGUUACAUUGUGUGUAAGGUUUUCGAGGCUGCUCUUAGCGGCUAUUUGCGCACGUCAGGGCGACAUUUUUGACCAGUGGUCGGAUUUAGACGUAAGAGGUGAUUAUUAACAUUUCAAUUUUAUUGUUGUAGACACACGCCGAAAUGUUGUGCCGAACGUGUUGUUAUCACCGGUGCAUCGACACGCCAAUUACUGGAGACCGAGCCUUAACGUGUUGCAGACGAAAAGAGAUUAUUUCGAUCCAGCAACAAUUGCAGGGGUCCGCACAAAAUCCAGUAACGCCAUGCAUUUCGGCAAUUUUGCACGUUAUGGUAUAUUUUGUGCCCUGGUCUAUAACUAAACUUGCAGUUUUGUUCUAGCAAACACAGUCUUGCUUUUUGAAUUUCUUUUUCUUUCAUAGAUGAGGAGCCCGGUUCGAGUCCAUUGGAACCAAUCACGAUUGAAGACAGACCUCCUGUUGUCCUCAAUGUCAGGUAUUUCUUAUCUUACGUUAUGUGAUCAACGUCUGUGUCACUUGAGUGCUUAUUCGAGAAAACUCUUUAUAUUAUACUUCUUAUUACAUUUUACUGGCGUUUUCGUCGAGAUGACGCACUUGUUGUGGCAGAAUUGUAGGAAAAAGAAAGAUCUUUUUCAUUUCAUCCUCAGUGCGUACAAGGGGUUACCGACAAGAAAUCGAGGGAGCUGAAGCAACGACGACAACGAAGGCAGUGAAAACGUCGCUAAAAAAUGAAUGUGUCCCAGUUUCAACCUUUAUUACUUCCAUUUGGACCUGCUCAAUUUGUCAAUUGUAGCUUUAUCCAGGUUCAAAAAAAGAAAGGAAAAUUCACCGUCGUAUGUUCACGUCCUCCAUAAAACGUCGCAAUAGGAGGUUUCACGUCGUAGUAGCAGAGCUGUUGUUUUGCUCAGGAAACCAAUUGUUUUUUGAGGUUGUCUUGGUGGUGGUGGUUGCUUAAGCGCUCUAAUUAACUUAUCACAGCACAACAAAUGACUUCUUAAACCAUAUAAUAAAUGAUUUAUUAUACCUAUAUUUCUUCCAUAUUUUGUUCAUUACAGUACCAUUGAGGAGCUCACUGAAGACCAAACCGAGCAGCUGGUGUGGGAAUUUUCAAGUGAAAUCAGGGAAAUAUUUGAGGGCAAGGUAACAUAUAGUUCAUUUUUGGUUCUUGACGGAAAGUUUUUUUUCUCCUGAAGUCUUGAUGUUUCCUGAGGAAAAGUUUAGAAGUCAAACAAAAUUUAACUUUCAAUUUAGAACUAAUUUAGAACGUACAAGUGAGAGGCAUCUUGAACAGUUUAAUGAACGGGACCACUGGAUGGUCAGUUUAGAGCUGGAUACGCAGAGUUAUAUGUGCUUCAGUGCUGUAAGAAUUGGUCCGUGGUUUGUAAAGGUGAACAUAACAAACUGAUUUUCAUAUAAAAGUGUAAUAUUUACUGUUUGUCAUGUAAUUUCCUCUCCUUUUGUAGAGAUUUUCUCGACGUCAUGAAGACUAUAAGAAGGGCGGACGUAUGAAAGGUAAGGCACUUGUUUUUAAUCAAAAUAACGGGAAAUUGAAAAAAAUAGCAAAACAAUACAUUAACACUUAAUAGAGUAAGAAUUCAUGCAGUACAAAUGAGAUCCGCAAAAGAGCUCUCAACUAUUAACAUUACAUCAAGUUCUGUAGUACCUGUGCAGUUAUUAUUGGGGAAGAGCAAAGCGUUUCGAAAAAGAUUGUCCACAAUUCCGAAAAACCUUCAUAUGACUCGCUGCUUCCCCUCGCUCGUCCCUACCACCAGUAACGAGAAACUGCUAGGGUGCCUUGAUGAUCUCUUUUGACAGACUAGGGUGAAAUCAACUUUAAACUUUUCUCUACGCUGUCUACAUCCUUUUUGCGAAUCGUAGAUCGUUAAGGCAAACGCAAAAGGUAGAACGGACAGGAUGAAACGUGGCCUGGGCUGACUGUGACUUCUGUCUUUGGUUUGUGAGGGUGUCUACCUGACCUUAACCUUGUCCUUAUAUUGUAGGAGAUCUAGCAUUCCAAG